AUGAGUUCAAAAGUUACUAGUAGAGGUAACAGAAAUAGUGGAGGUGUUGUAGAUCACCACCGAAAUGAUGAUGAUGAUCGUGUUGCAACCACCAAUACCACCAAGAAAACACAUACCACUAGUAGUGGCAACAGCAACAGCAGCUUCUACAAAAAAGUAGUGUCGAUAUUGAAUGACAUGUGUGAUGUGGCGAUCAACUAUUUGGUGGUGACAAAGGUAGAGUACACAGAGAUCGAUUGGUCGACCUACAUGCAGCAGAUCACUCUUUUCAUGAAUGGCGAGCGUGACUAUACGAAACUCGAGGGUGACACUGGUCCCGUCGUAUAUCCCGCCGGAUUCAUCUAUGUGUUUGCCGUGCUGCGUCAGCUGACCGACCUUGGCGCCAACAUUGGUCGCGCGCAAAUUAUAUUCGCCGCGCUGGCAGUCGCCACCAGUGCGCUGGUAUUCGCUAUCUAUGGACGUGAUCGCAAGCACGUGCCCGGUUACGUACUGGCGUUCCUCAUCCUCUCGAAGCGUAUCCACUCGAUUUUCGGACUGCGACUGUUCAACGACGGUCUCACCAUGUUUCGCGGCAGUCAGCAUCAAGAUGAAUGUACUGUUGUACGCGCCAGCACUUCUACUACUGCUCCUCCAAACCUACGGAAUCGUCUGGACAAUUCCGCGUCUUGGCAUCUGUGGAUUGCUGCAACUGGCGAUUGGCGCGCCAUUCCUCGCCAGUCACCCAGUCAGCUACUUGACACGCGCCUUUGA